AUGAUCAAAGCUGGUAAAACAUUAAACGUAUUUUUUCCUAAUAUGAUACACAUUUCAUGUCUUACUCACAUGAUCCAGCGUCUAGCAGAAAAAGUUAGAGAAAUGUACCCCAAUGUAAAUACUUUGGUUAGUAAUUUAAAAAAAGUAUUUCUUAAAGCACUUCAGAGAGUAGAUGUAUACAAAGAAAUAAUGCCCAGUGUGCCUUUGCCGCCAGAACCAGUGUUAACCAGAUGGGGGACAUGGAUUAAAGCAGCUAAUUUUUGUGCAGACCAUUUUGAUAAUCUCAAAAUAAUUUUACAGAAAUUAGAAGAUAAAAAUGUUUUUGCACCGAUAACUUCGGUGGAUGUAGAAAGGUCUUUUAGUACGUAUAAGUCAAUUCUAACUGAAAAAAGAACUUCCAUGACAUCAGAAAAUAUAGAAAAAUAUAUUAUUGUUCACUGUUUUAAAAAUUAUUAA